CUUGGGGGAUGUGCGGGGGACUGCGUCGGGCGUUUUUAAAGAGAAGGCAUUUCCGGGCGACUCUAUUUUUCUUGAGUACGGAUAUCUCAUAAGGAAGUUACAGGACCCGUGGAUUAUCCAGGCACAAAAAAUCAAGCAAUUGUGAUAGGGUUGAAGCAGUUGCGAUUCCGAUAUCUGGAUUCUGUGGUGAAGAUCAAACGGCAGCAUGCCUGGGAAGUUCUCUUUGAAGAAGCCUGAUGGCGAGGUGGGGAAGACCUGGCCAGCGAUUUGUAUCGGUCUCUUCGUCGCCUUUGGUGGUGUGCUUUUCGGAUAUGACACCGGCACUAUCUCCGGCAUCAUCGCCAUGCCCUACUGGCUGCAAGAAUUUACGACCAACGGCGUCCUCAAGGCAUCAGACAACUCUCUUAUCGUGUCUAUCCUCUCAGCUGGUACAUUCUUUGGCGCCCUAGCCUCUGCGCCUCUGGCAGACACGGUGGGCCGACGGAUGGGCUUGAUGCUCUCCACGGGCGUAGUAUUCAAUCUGGGCGUCAUCUUGCAGGUCGCGUCGACGGGGCAGUCGCUGUUCAUUGCGGGGCGCUUCUUUGCUGGGUUGGGAGUAGGUUUAGUGAGCGCACAGAUUCCAAUGUACCAAUCCGAAACCUCGCCCAAAUGGAUCCGUGGCACGAUCGUCGGUGCAUACCAGCUUGCUAUUACGAUAGGCUUGCUUCUAGCUGCCAUCGUCAAUAACUCCACGCAAAAUCGCAACGAUACCGGCUCUUACCGCAUUCCUAUUGCUGUACAGUUUCUGUGGUCGCUGAUUUUGGUUAUUGGACUCUUUUUCCUCCCGGAAACGCCGCGCUAUCUCAUCAAGAGGGAUAGGUAUGACAAGGCCGCAAUCGCACUCGGCAAACUCCGCCGUCUCCCACCCGACCACCCAGCCGUCGCCGAAGAACUCCACGAAGUCGAAGCAAACCACCGCUACGAAAUGAGCAUCGGCAAAGCCUCCUACAUCGAAUGCUUCAAAGGCACAGUCGGCAAGCGUACACUCACCGGAUGCGGACUACAAGCCCUGCAACAGCUCACAGGCGUCAACUUCAUCUUCUACUACGGCACCCAAUACUUCAAAAACGCCGGCUUCCAAAACCCCUUCAUCAUCCAAGUCAUCACCAACACCAUCAACGUCGUGUCCACCUUCCCAGGUCUCUACGCCGUCGAGAAGCUCGGCCGCCGCAACCUGCUCCUCAUCGGCGCCAUCGGCAUGUGCGUGUGCCAGUACAUCGUCGCCAUCACCGGCACCGUCGCGGGCACCACCGAGAUCGCCGCCCAGCGCGCCGCCAUCGCGUUCGUGUGUAUCUACAUCUUCUUCUUUGCGAGCUCGUGGGGCCCGGUUGCGUGGGUGGUUACGGGCGAGUUGUAUCCGUUGAAGGUGCGCGCGAAGUGCUUGAGUAUGACGACGGCGAGUAAUUGGCUGCUGAACUGGGCCAUCGCCUACUCGACCCCCUACAUGACGGACCCGCAGCACGCGAAUCUCCGCUCCAAAGUCUUCUUCGUGUGGGGCAGCUUCUGCCUCGUGUGCGUCGUGUUCGUGUGGCUGAUGAUCUACGAAACUAAGGGGCUCACGCUCGAGCAGGUUGAUGAGUUGUAUGGGUUGGUGGGCAAGGCGUGGAAGAGUAAGAAGUUCAGGCCGAGUGUCAGGUUUGGGGAUGUGGAUGAGAAUAUGCGAAGGAUGAGCUUGAAGGAGAUUAUGGUGGAGAGGGAAAGGAGGGCGAGUCAUGUGGAGGCGGUAGGGGAGGGGGAGAAGGUUUAAUGUAGGGAUGGAAAAGAGUAGGGGGUGGGAAAGAGAGAGAGGGGAAGGGGGCAUGAAAGGAGGAGGCUGUUAAUGGGAUGGGAGUGAUAAUACUCGACGCUCGCUAUGAUGUAGGCUUUGGCUGAUACCUUAUGA